AUGGCCGGCGCCGGCGGCGAUGGGGAGACGGUGAGGAACAAGAAGGUGGUGCUGAGGAGGUACGUGACGGGGAGCCUCACGGUGGGCGACAUGGAGGUCAUCACCUCCGCCGUCCGGCCACGCGUGCCGCCGGGGACGCCGGCGCCGGCGGUGAUGGUGAAGAACCUCUACCUGUCGUGCGACCCGUGGAUGCGCGGCCGCAUGACCAAGCACGACGACGGCGACGACGUUGCCCUAGCAACGGACUUUGCGCUAGGAGAGGCCAUGGUCAAUUACACGGUGGGCAAGGUGGUCGACUCGACGCAUCCGGGCUUCGCCGCCGGCGACCUCGUGUGGGGAAUGAGUGGAUGGGAGGAGUACAGUCUCGUCACCCAGCCAGCAGAGACGCUGCACAAGAUCAACUAUCCCAAUCUGCCACUCUCCUACUACACCGGCGUUCUCGGCAUGACGGGUCUGACGGCGUACGCCGGGCUGUUCGAGGUGGGCAAGGCCAAGAGCGGCGACACCGUCUACGUGUCGGCGGCGUCGGGCGCCGUGGGGCAGGUGGUCGGCCAGCUCGCCAAGAUCGCCGGCUGCUACGUCGUCGGGAGCGCCGGCUCCGACGAGAAGGUCGCCCUCCUCAAGACCAGGCUCGGCUUCGACGACGCCUUCAACUACAAGGCCGAGGCCGGCGACCUCGCUGGCGCCCUCCGGCGGCGCCUCCCGGGCGGCGGCGGCAUCGACGUCUACUUCGACAGCGUGGGCGGCGCGACGCUGGACGCGGCGCUGCUCAACAUGCGCCUCGGCGGGCGCGUCGUGGUGUGCGGGAUGAUCUCGCAGUACAACCUGGAGGAGCCCGAGGGCGUGCGCAACCUCGUCAGCGUCAUCGCCAAGCGCGUCCGGAUCGAGGGGUUCAGCGUGUUCGACCACUUCGGGGCGUACGCGAGGUUCGAGCGGGAGAUGGCCGGCCACCUGGCGGAAGGGAAGGUGGCCGUCGUGGAGGACGUCGUCGAGGGCAUCGACGCCGCGCCGGGCGCGCUCGUGGGGAUGUUCUCCGGGAGGAACACGGGCAAGCUAUCCGUGGCUGUCGCGAAGGAGUGAUCGCUAGAGAGAAAUCAAAAAAAUCGGGGAAGGAUCAAAAAAAUGUAUGAACAGAUCAUGGCACAAAACCACAAAACGAGUCAUGCAUGAAAUUAGCGUGUGUAUGUUUGCAGUCAAAUAACAUGAGUUAGUCCAUGGGAUGGAUAACUCAUUGUAAAAGUCCAUCUUGUAGGGGUAAAUAAACGAUGGUUACCAUGGAUA